GUUAGCGAGUUUCCAUGGGGGAAUAAAGUCGCUAACCUAGUUAUUCUUAACAACAUGUUAGCUAGCUUGCUAGCUCACUGAGCUAACGCUAACUCAGAUUGUAAACACGAAGAAUGGAAGAAGAUGAGCAUACAGACAGAAAGCAGCAGCUUGCAAUGCUUUAUCAAAAGCUCAACAAAAUUAAAAAGUAUCUCAAUGAAGAUGACACAGACAAUAUUAACCAGGUUAUUGGCUCAAACUCACCUGAAUCAUGCCUCUCAUAUUUGACGGACCUGGAGAAGAAAGGAGACCCUCAACUGGAUCGUAACCACCUCACCAGACUUAUUGACUUUUAUACCAGAGUAUUCUCCAAUAUGCCACUGGGAAGACACUGUCAGAAUGAGAGCUAUGCUAAGAUGUUGGUCAGAUUUGCAGAGCUAAAAGCAAUUCAAGAUGUCAAUGAGGCAGAAGCCAACUUCAAUGUGGCAAGAUCUCACAGCCAGAACUUUGCAUUUGUUCACAUCGCACAUGCACAGUUUGAACAUUCUCAAGGCAACACAAAGAGAGGCAUUUACAUAUUGCAGAAUGCCUUUGAACUGGGUGCUAAACCAAAGGAACUGCUAGAGGCAGCCUUGCAAAGUAUGCAGACGGGGAAAACACAAGUUUUCUUCGAGAAUAAGGAAAAUGUACAACUAUUGUCGAACAGUAACGUGCACAGUUCUGUCAAAAAAGCCUCCGCAUUCCAAAAAGUAUGCAGAACAUCAGACGGCACAGGCGACUUGCAGCUCUCCAGUAUAUUUGGUUCAGGGACAGAACACCUCGGUGCCUCAUCAGAUGACCAGAUACCAGGCUGGAAAAUGGGAUCUCAGCGCAAGAGAGUAGUUGGCAUGCCCUUGAGAGUUCCUGUAGUACCUUUCUCUAUCCCAGAAAAAGAUGACGAUGACUACAACAAUAAACAAUUAAAGAGAAAUGAUUCAUCAAGCCACACCAGUUUUUCCAGGCAAACAUCUGGCUCAAACAUGAACCCACCAUUUGGGCCAUCAUCCUCCAGGAAAAAUCCUGUUGAUGGAGAUGUUCAACCAGCAGCUGUCAGCCCAGAGCAUUCCUCUUGGGACGACCAGGCAGCUGUGGACUCCACCACCACCACCACCACACUCCUUCACUCAAUGGAAGAUGUAACAUACAACUUCGACCAGGUCGUCAAUACAAAGUCUCCAGAGUCGUGUUGGACAUAUCUGAAGAACCUGGAGAAAAGAGGCAACCCUCACACAGACAUCCACCUCCUCAAUAAGCUCAAGGACUGUUAUUCUAAAAUCUUCUCCAGGCUGCCAAUAAGACAAUUCAGCAAAAACACCAGCUAUGCCAGAAUACUGGUCAGAUAUGCAGAACUCAAGGGGUUUGAAGACCCAGAUGAAGCCCAGGACCACUUCAUAGUUGCAAGAUCUAACUGCAAAGGAUUUGCUUUUGUCCACAUAGCUCAUGCCCAGUUUGAGGUUUCUCAAGGUAAUGUGAUGAAAGCGACUUCAAUUCUGCACAAAGCCCUGGCUUUAAAUGCGCGGCCAGCAGAGCUGCUGGACAUGGCCAUACGUAACCUGAAAGCUGGAGAGAAACAGCUUGUGCCCAACACGGAGGAGGAAAAUCCCACAGAUUUGCAAACCCGAGUUCCAGUCAGUGUGUCUGCUUCAGGGGGAAACCAGGAAUUUCAGCUUCCUGCUCGAGUCCCUGUGAACCGAUCAGUGGAACAACCUAAACCUGCCAACAAGGAGUCCUUACCAGAAUGGAAGAUGCCAUCUCUACUCAACCGGCAUGUUUCUCCAGAGGAUAAACGCACAACACCUCCUGACCCCAGACCUGUUCAUCGUGUACUUGAGUCCGUCCCCACUCCAUCCAUCCAGAUUCCGUCAAGACUGAACCCACAAACAGUCUGUCAGACUCCAAACAGCAACAGAAACCCCUGUGCUGACAGCUUCAUUACUCCUGAUCUAAAGAGAUACCCUGAAGUGUCUUCCUCUGCCGUGGCAGCACACAGAGCUGGACCCGUUCAGCAGCCAUUCACACCACUAAGCCAGGCGACAUGUUUCCAAACUCCACAGGCUUCCCUCACUGCGUUUUCAAAUGAAUCCAUUACUAUAAAGGGCAAGCAGUUCUUCAUCCUCAAGAUGAUUGGACGUGGUGGAUCGAGCAAGGUCUAUCAGGUCCUUGAUCAGAAAAAGCAGCUGUUUGCCGUGAAAUACGUUGACCUUGAGGAGGCUGAUGCUCAGACAAUAGAAAGCUACAAAAAUGAGAUUCAGCAUCUGAACCACUUGCAGCAAUACAGCGAUCAAAUUAUCAAGCUCUAUGACUAUGAAAUAACCAACAGCUACAUCUACAUGCGGAUGGAGUGUGGAAACUUGGAUCUGAACACUUGGUUGCGAAACCGUAAAACUGUUAAUCCGCUGGAGAGGAAGUUCUACUGGAAGAACAUGCUGGAGGCGGUCCACACCAUCCACAAACAUGGAAUCAUCCACAGUGACUUGAAACCAGCAAAUUUUGUUAUUGUGAAUGCUUCGCUGAAGUUGAUUGACUUUGGCAUUGCAAACAGAAUUCAACCAGACGUGACGAGCAUAAUGAAGGAUUCACAGGUUGGAACCUUGAACUAUAUGCCCCCUGAGGCCAUCAAAGACACUUCCUCCCAGGCAGGAAAAGCCCGCUCAAAGAUCAGUGCCAAAGGAGAUGUGUGGUCCCUUGGAUGUAUCCUGUACUGCAUGACUUAUGGGAAAACUCCAUUCCAAAGCAUCACCAAUCAGAUCGCCAAGCUGCACGCCAUCAUUGAUCCUUCCCACAGGAUUGAGUUUCCUGACAUCUCAGAGAAGGAUUUGCUCAAUGUGUUGAAGAGCUGCUUGGUACGAAACCCCAAGGAGAGAAUCUCUAUUGCAGAGCUGCUGGAUCAUCCAUACCUGCAGCUGAAGCCACAAGCAACACCUGAGCCAGAGUGUCCCAGUAACAAGGAUCUGCAGAAAAUCCUAACAGACCUUGCUGCCCUUCAGUCUCCAAACAGCAUCAUCCGAGCUGCUAAUAAUCUGGCCAAAAUGUGCAAUACGGGCAGGAAGUUGGAUGUUGCAGAGUGCGCAAAAUCAUCAACCUAAAUAUCAUGGGAUCUGUGAUGUCAAUAUAGUUGUUGUUUUUUUAAACCCCUCUUAACCACUUCAGUAUAGUAAUAGUAUUUUUCUGCAGGAUGUAGAACUAACAAACCUAUAUUUGUAUGUUUGUGGCUUUGAAACAAAAUCAUUAUAUUGCUUCAUUUUUACUCUUUUCCUAUAAUAAUUAAUGUAAGCAUAUCACAUAGUCAAAUAAAAAUUCUAUAUCCUUAA